CUCCCUGCCAUUUUGAAACGCAUUUCUCACCAACUCCGGCUUCAUAGUGCUCCAUACAGCCGGUGGCUGUUGAUAAACACAUAUUUUGUAUAGUAAUAUUACGCGGGAAAUGUUCAUAUUUUAACCGUAGGCUACGCUAGUUUUAGCAAAACUUUUACCCGCCUUCAGCGCGACCACACACUCGUGUUAUAUUUGCAUGGGACAGACAGUAGUUUUGACAUAACUGUGGUCAACCUCCAACUACACACAACAAGGUCGUCCCAUGUCUCGACAGAACGGGCUUAUUUGAACCAUAAAUCUCCUCACCAUAGGAUGCACUAUGUGUCAAGUGGCCCCCUGUCUCUCGGGUCUUUGGGCCUGCUGCGGCUCUUGGGGGCGUCGUGGCCCUGGACCCUCGCUGCGGGUCUGGGUGUUUAUUUAGGAACUGGUGGUUGGAGGUUCCUGUAUGUGGCAAUUCGGACUGCAAAAAGGGACAUAAACGGUUUGUAUGUACUCCUGAGGGUUAAACUCGCACUGUGGCAUCACAUUCGUAAUGGAAACAACAUACCCUCCAUCUUCGCCCAGACUGUGGCUAGGCACCCUGACAAACCAGCGCUCGUGUAUGAAGCCACUGGGGAAACGUGGACUUUCACCCAGUUAGACCAGAUCUCAAAUUCUGUGGCCCACUGGGCAUUAAGCCAGGGCUGGACCUCAGGUGAUGUUGUGGCACUGUUCAUGGAGAGCCGGCCGCUUCAAGUUGCACUGUGGCUCGGUCUGGCCAAAGUGGGUGUGGAGGCUGCACUAAUAAACUUCAACCUUAGACGGGAUUCGCUGCUGCACUGUAUGGGCGCGUCUGCGUCCCGAGGGCUGGUGUUUGGAGCGGAGCUAGCGGAUGCUGUGUUUGAAGUGAGCUCCUCUUUGAGUAAGGACAUGGUCCGGUUUUGCACUGGAGAUCUAAGACCAGACCAGAUGUCAGCUCUACAAUCUCAGUCUCUGGACUCCAUUUUGGCAUCUGCUCCUCGACAGCCACCACCCUGCACCCUGUCCAAGGGCUUUAAUGAUCGUUUGUUUUAUAUCUACACAUCUGGCACCACAGGACUCCCUAAAGCUGCUAUAGUGGUGCACAGUCGGUAUUACAGGAUUGCUGCUUUUGGGUACCAUUCUUUUCGUAUGCGGCCAGACGAUGUCAUCUACGACUGUUUACCGCUUUACCAUUCAGCAGGUAAUAUUAUGGGGGUGGGCCAGUGUUUGAUUAAUGGUACAACUGUGGUGGUCAAGAAGAAGUUUUCGGCAAGUCGCUUUUGGGAAGACUGCAUCAAACACAACUGCACUGUUGUUCAGUAUAUAGGUGAGAUCUGCAGAUACUUGUUGUCUCAGCCCGUGCGGCCCUCAGAGCGACAGCACCGUGUUCGAUUAGCUGUUGGGAACGGGUUACGGCCAAGCGUCUGGGAGGCAUUCGUGGAGCGAUUUGGAGUGAAACAGAUCGGCGAGUUUUAUGGAGCCACUGAGUGUAACUGUAGCAUUGCCAAUAUGGAUGGCAAGGUCGGAGCUUGUGGGUUUAACAGUCGCAUUCUGCCCUACGUGUACCCCAUCCGUCUUGUGAAAGUAAAUGAGGAGACCAUGGAACUGGUACGAGACAAGCAGGGACUGUGUGUACCUUGCCAACCAGGAGAGCCUGGACUGUUAGUGGGCAGAAUUAAUCAGCAGGAUCCUCUGAGACGCUUCGACGGUUAUGCCAGUCAAGAUGCCACCAGAAAGAAGAUUGCCCACAAUGUGUUCAAGAAAAACGACUCCGCAUAUCUGUCAGGGGAUGUUUUGGUUAUGGAUGAGUUUGGAUACAUGUAUUUCCGGGACCGCAGUGGUGAUACGUUCCGUUGGAAGGGCGAGAACGUUUCUACUACGGAGGUGGAGGGAACGUUGAGCAGUCUGUUGGGACAGACUGAUGUGGCAGUGUUUGGAGUAAACGUACCAGGUGUGGAGGGGAAGGCAGGAAUGGCUGCCAUUGCUGAUUCAACAGGAAACUUUAACUGUGAAUCUUUCAUGAAGGUGGUUCAGCAAGCUUUGCCUCCAUACGCACGGCCAGUAUUUCUGCGUAUAUCCCCAGAAGUGGAUACCACAGGAACAUUUAAAAUACAGAAGACCAGAUUACAAAGGGAAGGAUUCGACCCACGGCUCACAACUGACAAGAUUUAUUUUCUCAACCCUAGAGCAGGCCGAUACGAGGUUAUGAAUGAGGAUCAGUACAAUGCUUUUGAAGAAGGCCGGAUAUCUCUUUGAUAUGUGAAGUAUGUGGUCCAAACUCAUCUUCUUCCAGACCUGCCUAUGCACAAUGUCACUGAAAUUCAAGAGCAGCCACUGAGAUGUGUCCUGUUAGUAGGCCAUUUACAUUAACGUUUAAUAUAAUAGAACGCACAAGCCGUGCCUUGACAAACUGAUAUGCAAUAACUGUAAGAGUGAGUUUUUAAUUUUUAUUUUAAUCCCUUAUUCUGAUUGGAUGGUAGUGUAUGACCAGUUUUACAAAAGACACUAAAGCGAACAUGACGUACUUAAAGAAUGAGAUCUAUAUUUGACUUAACAACUAGCUGACUGAGACCUGAAUACGAUGUGUGAAUGGUAACAGUUUGGAGACUUUUAUUACUAUGAUAAACAUUGUUAAUAUGCCUAGCUCUGAUGUUUUAAUCAUCUUUAAAGUGACUAUUUUUAGACUACUGAAAGAUACAGAGUAUCUUUAUAAAUAGCCAGAAACAAAGUGCCUUAGGUUUGACCUCCCCAUCCCCUGUGUGACAUGGAGAGAUCUGUACAGUGCUAUUAUAUUGAUAUGAUGUAGAUACUGUAAGCCUGUUUCAUCAUAUUAAUCCUCUCAAGAGUUCUGAAUGAAUCAUGCAAUAAAUAAAUGUUCUUACUAAA